ACAAAGUACCUAUUAAUAUCAAACAGCAGUUGAGGAAGAGGGGCAGGGCGUAGAAGAAGACGAGACAUGGCUGCAAACGGAAGCAUCAACUCCAAUAAAAAACAGUUGAUAGUUUCAGCUCUCUGCAAACACCUUUCUUUAGAUCCUAAAAAAAUUGUGUGUGAUGCUGAAGAGAGUGAUCUUAAGACUUUAUACUCAAACAUAUUGAAGGCAUCAGGAAAGGAUUCCUCUUCGGCACUCUGUGAUGAGGUGAUGAAGUGGAUAGAAUUUGCAGAGAGUUUUAUUGCUGAUUCUAAGGCAUGCUUUGAUGUUCUGAGCAAGUUUAAUGAAGAGUUGACUCCAAAAGCUGUGCUUUUGGGAAAUGGAUUGAGACCCUCUGAAGCUGAUGUUGUUGUGUUUUCCACAGUACAUUCAUCAGUGAUUGGUCUUCCAAAAGCCCACCAGGAAAAGUUGCCACAUGUUGUGAGAUGGAUGGAUUACAUUCAGAGCAUUGAGGAUUUUAAGGAGUUAUUUGAAAAUGUUUCUGUAGAGAAGGCUAGAUUUGAGCCUCCGGUUGAAGUAGAAUCAAAUGCUAAAAAGAUUACACAGAGCUCAAAAAAUGCUGACAAGUCAGAAGCUGGCUCAAAUACAAAAACUACAGACGUGGGGAGAAAAGAGGGAAAGGGAGCUACUCAAGAGAAGAAGGAAUCAAUUGAAACAGAAACAGUAGGGAAAGACAAAAAGAAAAAGGCUACAGGAGAUAAGGAUGCUACACAAGAAAUGAAAAAAUCAUCUGAAACUGAAGCUUCUGAGAAGGACAAAGAACUUAGUGUAAGCUUACUUAAUAUACAGGUUGGUUUAAUCCGCAAAGCAUGGAAGCAUCCAUCUGCUGAUAGUUUACUGGUUGAGGAGAUAGACAUUGGAGAAGCUAAAGUGCGGCAAGUGGUUAGUGGAUUGGCAAAAUAUUGCAAUCCAGAUGAGUUGACGAAUCGCCGUGUUGUGCUGAUAACUAAUGUGAAACCUGGAAAGCUACGAGAUGUGAUGUCAGAAGGAUUGGUGCUUUGUGCUUCGAAUGAAGAUCACACUGUUGUAGAGCCUUUACUACCUCCAGGAGGGGCCAAACCUGGGGAGCGUGUUUCAUUCUCUGGGAUUGAUGGAAAACCAGAGGAUGUCCUAAAUCCAAAAAAGAAGCAGUUGGAGAAGAUUACACCGCAUUUGUUCACUGAUGAGAAGGGUGUCGCCACAUUUAAGGGCAUACCAUUUAUGACAUCUGCUGGGCCAUGUACAUCAUCCAUUCUUAAGGCUAGCAUCAAGUGAUGAUAAUUAUACGGUGGGAGACAACCAAAAAUUACACCAGCUGCAAGAUAUUGUUUUUGUUCAAGCUUUAAAUAUCACUGGUUGGCAAGAUGAUGUUAUAAACAUGCUGUAGUAUUUUUCUUUUUUUUCAAUUUCGUAUGGAGUCUUUAUCUUAUGGUCACUCAUGCAAUCGAGUUAUAUGAAUACGAUGAAAGAGAAGUUUCAGUCGA